CUGUUUAGUUAGUUCUGUAGACAUCAAUGCGAAAUUGCAGAUACGCAUGUUAAGUGGCUAUACUUUACGAAUCUGGAAGCUGAUGACGUGGAAGACAAAAGUUGAAACCGCCAAAACUAUCAUUAUCGCCGAGACCUCAUCUUUCAACUUCCAUUCAUUAUACUAUUUUCCGUUUCAAUCCAUUUUCAAAGCCCCCAAUCCCAUUUUUGUAGCAUCACUGUUCUGUUUGUUCAUCAUGGAAUUGAAUCAUACAAAGCAGACUCUGCAAACGGUUAUGGAGAAUGAACAGCAGCAUCUCUCCCUCUCUGAUUCAGAUUCUACCAAUUCUGAAACAGAUAAAGCUAUUACUUUCUCUUCUCCAGCUCGUUUUCAUAGUGCUUCCGAUUCAGAUGAUUCCACUAAGUCCCAAACAGAUAAAGCUACUAUUCCUAAUUCUACUACUGCUACUCCUCAUGGUCCUGUGAAUAAAGAUUCAUCUCACCCGAGGUCAUCAAUUUCCGCCGAUUCAGAUGAUUUUAGUGAGUGCCAAAAAGAUGAUUCUACUACUGCUAAUGUUAAUGGAGAUUCUACUAAGGUAUCUUCCCCGCCGGUGGAAUCUCCGCCUAGGUCAUCAAUUUCCUCCGAUCAAAUUUCUCUUCCUCAUGAGUCUUUCACUCUGGAGGAUAAUAAGCCUUCUGAAGCUCCGACGGGGAGUCCGCCGGAAAAACCUCCGAUACCGGAAGCGGUGGUGAAGAGGUUUAUCAAGGAGGAGCCACUGGCUUUGGUGAAAGCGGAUCUGUUUGUCGGAAAUGGUACAGAUAGUGUUAAGGAAGGUGUCGACGGUGGCAACCGUCGGCGGACAGUAAGGCCACAGUUGUCGAUUAUAAGAAAAGUGAAGAGGGAUGAGACGGUAAAGAAAGCAGCUUUAGGUUUUAGGAUUUUUGGGUUUUUGUUUUGUUUGGUUUCCUUUUCUGUUAUGGCAGCUGAUAGGAAUAAAGGUUGGGCUCUGGACUCUUUCGAACGUUACAAGGAGUUCAGGUACUGUAUGUCAGUGAACGUCAUAGGAUUUGUGUAUUCAGGAGCUCAGGCAUUCGAUUUAGCCUACCAAUCUGCCACUGGCAAGAGCAUCGUGCAGCACCAUUUGCGCUACAUGUUUGAUUUUGCCCUUGAUCAGGUGGUAACAUAUCUUCUGAUAUCAGCAUCAUCUUCUGCUGCCACUCGCAUUGACGAUUGGCAGUCAAAUUGGGGGAAGGACAAGUUUCCUGAUAUGGCAACCGCCUCUGUAGCAAUGUCCUUCCUUGCAUUUGCGGCUUUUGCCUUCAGCUCCCUUGUAUCUGGCUAUGUACUAUGCUACUCCAGAUCAACAUAGUCAUACGCAAUGCUUGGGUCUAUUUGUUUGUCAUCCUUAAAAAUUUAAUAUAAUUGUAUGAUAUGUAAAAUCAGUUCAGGUUGCUCAGAAAAGAUAAUUGUGUUGUAAUGCUCUCCUUGAACAAGCUUUAGGAUGAUGCUAUAUAUGCGUUACACAGUUUUCUGUUCUUGUUAGUGAGAUCAAAACCAGAUGCAAUGCAACUUGUGAACAAGUUAUCGGCUAUUGAA